UGUUGUCACUUUUUUAUAUUGUCCAGUGAACGAUUUAUUCAAUAUUGGAGUAUUCACUAUUCCGGUAUGUGUUGUGAGUUUCUGACUUGUGGGUUCGUUUCACUUUCUCUAGGCUAUAUUCCAAAUCCAAAUAUUUGUUACUUCACGUCUUCUCGAUUUACUACCCAUUAAUAUUAAUUUUAAAUAAAUCAGUGCGGUUGGUUGUCUUCAUUAUUAUUUUUAUUAUUUAAUUAAAUUUUUUUAACGAUGGCCGAAGUCGUAGAUGAUAUAAUUAAAACCUUAAACGGAACAAAUGGUACGGACACGGAGUCUGUUCUAAAAAAAAUACCGGCCACCACCGAAGGUAUGCUUAUUGCAUACACCAGUUUAGUGGUCAUGGCCUUAGUGCCUAUAUUCUUUGGCUCGUUCCGAUCAGUAGAACUACACAUUAAAAAUAAAAUGAAAAAAGAAAUACCAGAGUCCAUGACAGAAAAAGAUGCUAUGAUGUUUCCAGUGAUUGCUAGUGGAGCUCUCUUUACGCUCUACAUUGUUUUUAGGGUAUUUUCUAAGGAACACAUAAAUCUAUUAGUGACUUUAUAUUUUUAUGUUCUUGGAGUGGCAGCUCUAAGUAAUAUUUUAGGUACUAAAUUCAGCGCCAUUUUACCAAAAAGUGUACCUAAAACAAAAUACCAACUGCAGUUUACAGAAGGCACUGGUGAAAAAAAACACGAUUAUAUAAAUGUAAAAUGUACACUUCAUGAUGUGUUAUGUUUUGUAUCAUGUGCAACAUUAGGAACGUUUUAUAUAAUUAGCAAGCAUUGGAUUGCAAACAAUAUAUUUGGAUUGGCAUUUGCUAUAAAUGGAAUAGAAUUGUUACACCUCAACACCAUUAAAAUUGGAUGUAUCCUCUUAUGUGGUCUAUUCGUCUAUGAUAUAUUUUGGGUGUUUGGUACCAAUGUUAUGGUUACUGUGGCCAAAUCUUUUGAUGCUCCUAUCAAACUUGUAUUCCCUCAGGAUUUAUUAGAAAAUGGUAUUUUAGCUGCUAAAAACUUUGCUAUGUUGGGUUUAGGCGAUAUUGUUAUCCCAGGAAUAUUUAUUGCAUUUAUGUUAAGAUUCGAUCAUAGCUUAAAACGUAAGACAAAUACAUAUUUCAAUGCAACAUUUUUGGCAUAUUUUUUGGGAUUACUUACCACUGUAUUUGUCAUGCACGUAUAUAAAGCAGCUCAGCCAGCUUUAUUAUACUUGGUACCUGCAUGUUUAAUUACUCCUAUGUUAGUGGCUUUAGUAUGUGGAGAUCUGAAAACUUUAUUCAGUUAUGAAGAUCAUAAAAUGGAACCAGAAAAGACUUCCAAAAAAUUGAAAUAAUCUAAGUGUCAAUUUUAUUAUUUUUCAUGUUAUAUUAAACUUAUGUUUUAUUUCCUCGUCGUUAUUUUUUUUUUUUUGUGGAUUUAUUGUAUUAUCGUAAUGUGUAAAUUGGAGGAUCCAUUAUCCAUUAAAUUUGAUAUUGAGAAAGUAUUAACUUCAAUACAUGACACUUAAAAACAAAUUUUACAAAUUUCCUGACAAGUGACAACCGUACACAAAAUAUAAAAAUAAUUUGUCAGGGCAAUAAAAAAUAAACUAAAUUAAUCUACCAAUGUAAUAUAUUAAUGGUACACUACUGUUUAUGUUAUAUUAUUAUAUCAUUAUUCAUUGUAUUUAACUCUUCCUAAUUAUAGCUUUAUAAAUGUCUUUUUGUGUGAUAUACUUUCUAAUUCUAAAUAUAAAACAUGAUUUUUAAUAUGCAAUUGGAAUUCAGAUAAUUUUGCAUAAAUAUUUACAUUUAUUAGAUCAAUUCUAAUAAAAUGCGUGUUUUUUUUUCUCUAUUUUGAUUAAAUUUAAAAAAAUAUAUAUUUAUGUUCUUCCAGUUAUAAAUUAGUUUGAUCUCGAUUUCGUUUUUAAAAUUGUGUUUAUAUUAUUACUAUUACAAUUUAUGAUGUUUCUAUCUAUUAGUGAAAUCAUAUUUUGUAAAGUUAAAUACAUCUACCUGUGUAUAGAUAUAUGUAAUAUAUAUUAUACAUUCUACUGAUAGGUAUUAAUUCUAAUUGUUUGAAACUUUGAACUUUAUCUUAAGUUAAAAUCUGUAUAGUGAUAUUUUAAAUAAAAAUGUUUGUUUUUUUUAAUCUAUUUUAAAUUUGUUGAAUGUAUUUUCUUCUUAAGAUUUAUUAUUUAAAAUAAAUUAUUAUUACAAUUCA